AUGGCAGACAGCCUCAGCCCCGUGCCCCAAGGCGACCGGCCCAUCCUGGAACGUCGCCGGUCCAAGAACCCGUUAAGGAAUAUGAUGCAACACCUCACGGUAGAACCACCCGACGAUGAUGAUGGGUCACCACGCCGAGAAUCUCUCAUCCGACGCCUGAGCUGGCGCAAAAGUCGGAGUCCUUCAGCACACUCCGAUACGUCCACUCCCACCUCUGCAACCGUCCGUAAUGUUGACCGAGCCUUAUGCACAUCUUGCUCAAGUCUAGCUGUUGAUAUAGAGUCCCUCUUUGAUGAAGUUGACUCUUCCUUUACAAAAGUCCUCCAUCCAGGCGCCGUGGACGCCUUUGACAAGAAGGAGUACUUCAUCUCGCGGCUUCGAGGGCUCGAAGAGGACAAAUGGUCGACAACGUGCCCAUUGUGCAGACUCUUUUGGUCAGUCCAUGUACCGGGCGAUGGGGAAGGUGAUUAUAGCUUGUCUGCGUUUUCAAGUCGAGACACCAAUUAUCUCAUCGACCCUAUCAAAAUGUUCGACAUGGACCACCAAGCGAGGGCCAAGGCGAGAGGCUGGGCCCCUGGCUACCUGGCAGUUACACCAAAGAAGACUGGUUCUGGUGCAAAAAGCUGGGAGCCCCAGCCGGAUUGGUUUCGAGAAGGAGGAAUGCUAUAUAGGACGCUCCCGCCAGCGUCCCUGGAGCCAUUCUCUGCGCGAGGGCGAGUGAGAACUAAUGAGAGGAGUACGCCAGAGCCACCGGCCCUGCUGACAGACUCGGCUUCGCUCCAGAAAGGAAUUUGGGGAAGGGAAAUCGGUCAAUCAGCGGAUAUGUCUAUUGCUCGUAACUGGUUGCAAUUUUGCGACAGACAUCACCAAGGACGAUGUGGGCGUCGCCAGGUCGCACGAGAACUUGCGGGAUUCAGACUCAUUGACUGCACUCGAUCCCCACCACAGGCGGUCGAGCGGCCGCUGAGUGAAGACUAUGUUGCUCUGAGUUAUGUAUCUGGGAGCAACGUGACAGACCCCUGGCCAAAAGCAAUACGGGACGCUGUUGCGGUGACUCGAGAGCUUGGAUUUCGCUAUUUGUGGGUUGAUCGCUUUUGCAUCGAUCCAACCAGGUUGCAGGAAAGAAUGCAUCAAAUUAGCCGCAUGGAUGAAAUAUUUGAAGGGGCUGCGGUGACCAUUAUCGCUGCUCAUGGCAAGGACUCCAUGCAAGGUCUGCCCGGCGUGGGCUCGACUACAAGGCUUGAGCAGCCCAAGUACAAAUUUACCGACGGAAAUGUCACCCUUGUUUCCAGCAUGCGAGAUCCUCGGCUUGAAAUAAAGGAAUCGGUUUGGUAUACACGCGGCUGGACUUAUCAGGAAGGCCUGAUAGCGAGGCGGCGCCUUGUAUUUACAGGACAGCAGAUGUACUGGGAGUGCGAGGGCAUGUCAUGCCCGGAAACCCUCGUCCUGCCACUUGCCGCGUACUAUGACAGAGAGCAAGAAAAGAUGUGCGAUUUUGUACGGCCAGGCUUAUUCAACGGGUUGUCUUACAUUGAUGGUAGCUGGGAAGUUUGGAAGAAGCUGCCGCAAAGCAUGGAAGAGCCCAGCACCCUCAGCAUUUUCCGAACCUGGGAUCAGCAUAUUAUUGAGUACACCAAGCGUCAGCUUACGUACGAUGAAGACUCACUGAGUGCUUUCAUGGGAAUUACGAGACGCCUGGAGAAGACUCUUGGAAAGGACAAGCUCGGGAGCAUUGUUGGGAUCCCCCUAUGGUGCCCAAUCACCGAUAACACGACGCGUCCCGGGCCGGCUCGAACCAAGCUCCUGUUUGCCUUGACGACUAGCUUUUGGCAUCACAAGGGAGAUGAACAGCCGCAGAGAAGACGCCAUUUGCCCAGCUGGACAUGGGCUGGCUGGCGAGGGGCAGUGCAACUAUACUCAUCCAUUAUCGUGAUUGAGCAAGACGGCACAAGCAAAGAAAAGAAGCUUUUGAACCACCACUAUGUGAGCGCCACGCAGUUGACUAGGAACGAUUCUUCAUCUGUGAAAUGGGCAUACUCGCCAGAGAUGGCGGUCCUUGGCUCCAACGGUCAGGUUGUUUACGACUUCUCUGCCGCGAGUGGAGCUCCUACAUUUCCGCCGGGCCGCUAUCUGCUGCGCAUUACCAACCCGUUGGUUCUCGAUAAAGUCAAGGCACGGGUCCACAACGGCGGGUGGAUAUUUAACGAUGUUUGUGUCGAUGUACGACUCAGUCGCGGCCGGGGCACGGAACCGAGCGCAACUGCACCCUUGGCAUCCGGCGUCAAUAAGCCCAGUGCAAUUCGAGAAUACCUAGAGCAUCAUGCUCGCGGUGAGCAAAUGACAGUGCUGUGGUUUGUCGAAGAAGCCACCAUUUUGCUCUUGGUUAUUGAGAAGACUGAAUCCGGAUCCUGGGAACGUGUUGGAAGGGCACGAAUGGGGUUCGGUGAAGACGCAAAGGACGUGGUGCGAUGGUUUGGCAGCUUGGAAGUUUUGAUUAAUCACCUCCCCCUACGUCGACUCGGAUCCGACAUUUUGAUAGAGUAG